UCUCUCGUCCCAUCGUCCGUGCGUGUACCUCGCCGGCGCGACCGUGCCUCUCUGUCAUCUACUCGAAUCCCCACCCCAACUCUGGCCGUUGAAGGGUGGCGGGAGAUCGAGCUUGACGGGGGACGGCGUGGGCCGCCUUCGCGGUGAUCUGGCCGGUGCCGCCCUUUUUCUCGGUCGGCGCUCUGUCUGAUGGCCUGCCGGAGUGACAGAGGCACCCCGAACGUGCAUGAUGCCGCCAACGCCCGAGGAUGGGCUGGGAUCGACGGAGGCCCUGCAUUCAAAGCAAAGCAGAUGCUCUGCUUCGUGUCCGAGGCUCCGAGCUGGUCCUUUCCUAGCAAAGCAGACGCUCUGCUGCCAGCCAGCGUGUCCGCGGGAGAUGCUCUCAGGGUGGUGAGAGGGAAAGGGAUAGCGUGUCCGCCAGAGAUGCUCACUCGGUGGCCGGAAGGAAAGGCGAUAGCGUGUCCGCCGGAGAUUCUCUUGGCCCCCGUGCGUUCUAUCUUUCUUGUCCCAACCAAAGUACAUCUCACAGGCACACCUCCUCGGCCUUGGCCGCACUCUGCUCCACUCCAGUUUCCACUACCUGCCAGUACGUUGCCCCAAAUUGAUCCUCUCUCAUUCGCAACUCGACAGAGCCGGUGAUCAAUGGCGUCGGGCACCAGGGAGGAAUCUCCCAGUCCCAGCUCGCCCGUUGCGGUCCAAACCAACUCUCCACGCGAGACGGAUGCCCGGCUGCUAGCGCUGGUCUGCUCAGGCACUUUCCAGGAUCUAGAAUCAUUCCUCGACGGACAAGACCACCAAGCAUCUUCCGUCGUCGGAGGGUCGGCGACACGGCGACCUUCCGGUGACGACGAGGAAGCAUUUCUCAGAGAGUCGGUCCUGGACGGGGUCACCGUCGGAGGCGACACUGUUCUCCAUGUAGUCGCCACCAAUGGUGACUCUCAAGACUUCUUGAAGAAAGCCGGCCUCGUCCACAGGAAGGCACAGAACCUCCUCUGUGCGCAGAACAAUGACGGAGAUACACCCCUGCAUUGUGCGGCACGGGAGGGGAACUUCGCCAUGGUGUCUCUUCUCAUUGAUCUUGCUAGAGGCAGCGAGGAUGCCAGUCCCAACAGAGUGAAGGCGCUGCUGAGAACAGAAAACAAGAUCAAAUGCACAGCCUUGCAUGAGGCUAUCAAGUCUCUCCCUGUUGGGCACGAUGAUAUGGUCGAGUUGCUCAUGAAGAAGGACCCGCAGUUGGCCAGUUUCCCGAAAGAUGGCACGUCGCCAUUGUACCUGGCCAUCUUGGAGGGGAAGAGUUUCAUCGCGGAAACACUCUAUGAGUUGAGUGGCGGGGUGCUCUCAUACUCCGGACCAAAUGGACAAAAUGUACUGCAUGCUGCUGUUCUCCGAGGCGAAGAUCCUAAAAAGAUGUUGGAAUGGACGAACAACGUCCUUGCAUCGCAACGGGAUAACAACGGACAUACACCGCUUCACUUUGCCGCCACAGCUGUUCUAGGGAAUCAGAAUAUACUUUCACAAGUACUGAAAGCCAAUGCAGAGGCAUUGUAUCAGCCAGACCACAAUGGAUCAUUCCCCAUACACAUGGCUGCAUCCGUCGGUGCAACAAGUGUAGUCAGUGAAUUUAUUGAAAAUACGCCCAAUUGUGCUGGUUUACGUGAUGCUAGGAAAAUGACAUUUCUUCAUGUUGCAGUUGAUAAAAAGAAAAUAUCGACAGUUAGUUAUGCUUGCAAGAACGGAACAUUAUCAUGGAUUUUUAAUAUGCAAGACAAGAAUGGGAACACUGCAGUACACCUAGCUGCCCAGGCUGGCAGUGUUAAAAUAUUUUGUUGUUUGUUCAGGAAUAGACAAGUACAAUUGAAUUUGACAAAUAAGAAAGGGGAGACUCCACUAGAUAUAGCGUAUCAAAAUAUUCCUAAAGGGCUGCAUGCUUACAUGCACAGUGAAGCAAGAAUACUCUCCUUACUUCAAUAUGCUGGUGCCAAAAAGGGUAUCCGUCACCAGGAUUACCUUGAGAAAAACAAUAUUGUCCAAAAAAAGCAGGGUGAAAUAGAUGAAAUGGAGAAAGUGAAGGACGCGACACAAAGUCUAUGUAUUGGGUCGGUCCUUAUCGCAACCGUGACAUUUGGUGCAGCUUUCGCCAUGCCUGGAGGUUACAGAGCUGAUGAUCACACUAAUGGAGGCACACCAACACUCGCUGGAAGGUAUGGUUUUGACGCAUUCACUCUGGCCAACGGACUUGCGUUCACUUGCUCCACUAUGGCAACAAUUUCGCUCAUGUCUUCUGGAUCACCCGUACGACAUCCUCGGAGCCGGAUAGAGCACUUACGCAUUGCGUACUAUCUCAUGUCGGUUUCAGUUACAAGCUUGGUAGCUGCAUUUGCACUUGCUACCUAUACCAUACUAGCCCCACUUGCUCAUAAGACUGCCAUGGGGUUAUGUAUCUUGAGUUCUCUCAUAUUGGUCUAUCAAAAUUGGGAAUUGGCAAGCAAUAAUAUUGCCAUGGUAGCACCCCUCUGCAGCAGAAAAGGGAAAUUGUGGACAUUUGGAGUGUCAGCAUUAUUUAUCGUGGCCAAUGUCCUAAUUCAGUUGUGGCCCAUAAUAGUAGUAUUUUCUCUGGCCACAAUAAACUACCAUAGUCGAAAAGUGGAACCAUCGGUACACCUGCCAACACCAUUAAAUUGAAGAGGGGCCGAAUAUAGGCAGUGAAAGAGGACAUAUUAUCUGUAUCAGUGCCA